UUGUGUAUCUGUUCUAUGCAGGAAUGCAUUCUCUCUGGCAUUAUGUCCGUGAAUGGCAAAAAGGUCCUUCACAUGGAUCGCAACGCUUACUAUGGAGGUGAAAGUGCAUCUAUUACACCCCUGGAAGAUCUGUACAAAAGAUUUCAUCUGCCAGGAUCAAUACCGGAGUCGAUGGGCCGAGGAAGAGACUGGAAUGUGGACCUGAUUCCCAAAUUCCUUAUGGCCUGUGGCCAGCUGGUCAAGAUGCUGCUCUACACAGAAGUCACUCGCUACCUGGACUUCAAGGUGAUCGAAGGAAGCUUUGUCUACAAGGGUGGAAAGAUCUACAAAGUCCCUUCGACUGAAGCAGAAGCUCUCGCAUCUAGUCUGAUGGGCCUGUUUGAGAAAAGGCGCUUCCGGAAGUUUCUGGUGUACGUGGCCAACUUUGAUGAGAAUGACGCCCGCACAUUUGAGGGGGUUGAUCCCAAGAAGACCACCAUGCGCGACGUGUACAAGAAGUUUGACCUGGGCCAGGAUGUGAUUGACUUCACGGGCCACGCCCUCGCCCUGUACAGGACGGAUGACUACCUAGACCAGCCCUGCCAAGAAACCAUCAACCGGAUUAAACUGUACAGCGAGUCUUUGGCGAGAUACGGCAAAAGUCCCUACCUCUACCCUCUCUAUGGCUUGGGGGAGCUCCCCCAGGGGUUCGCAAGGCUAAGCGCCAUCUAUGGAGGGACCUAUAUGUUGAACAAACCCAUUGAAGAGAUUGUCGUAGAGAACGGCAAAGUGAUUGGAGUGAAGUCAGAAGGAGAGAUUGCCCGUUGCAAGCAGCUCAUCUGCGACCCCAGCUACGUCUCUGAGAGAGUGAAGAAAGUGGGCAAGGUCAUCCGGGUCAUCUGUAUCCUGAACCACCCGAUCAAGAACACAAAUGAUGCCAACUCGUGCCAGAUCAUCAUUCCCCAAAACCAAGUUAACAGGAAGUCAGACAUCUAUGUCUGCAUGAUCUCGUCCGCACACAACGUGGCAGCCCAGGGAAAGUACAUUGCCAUUGUGAGCACUACUGUGGAGACAAACGAUCCAGACAAGGAGAUCAAGCCCGCCAUGGACCUCCUGGAGCCCAUCGAGCAGAAGUUUGUUAGCGUCAGUGACUUGUUUGCCCCGACCGACCUGGGCAGAGAAAGCCAGAUCUUUAUUUCCCGUACCUACGAUGCCACCACCCACUUCGAGACGACAUGCGAUGACAUCAAAGACAUUUACAAGAGGAUGAUGGGGUCAGAGUUUGAUUUUGAAGAGAUGAAACGGAAGAAGAACGAUAUCUAUGGGGAGGAGGAGCAGCAGUAACGGUGCUUGACGUCUUAACCUAGAUCUCAGUUGGCAGGGCCGAUGCAUCUGCACAGAGGACCUUAAGCUGAGCGCCCUACGAAGCUCACUCUUGUAAGGCCCGUUCCCCCCCUCCCCCUGUAAUCAUAUCUCUGAGAUUGAAAGAGUCCUGCACUGAUCAGAUGUUCCUCCCUCUUCGGAUAUAAUCAUGUGUCAAUUACUCUGUAGACAAGGUUGCGGUGUCCAAAUUGGCAGGUGCUGACACUCGUGAUUCUUAACCGUUGCUAACCCAACUCCAGGCUAAGCAGCCCCUGACAACUGCCUGCUGGUCCCAAAGGGACAGAUGGCCCUCCCGCCAGAGGGUCUGGCAGCCCCCGGGCCACACUUCUCCAAAUCCUUGCGGCCUGCUCUCGGGUCAUGCGCCAAUGACAGCAGCGCGAGCCCUCCUCUGCCCUCCUUUGGCCGUUCCACACCUGCCCCAUUUCACGCAGCCCGUUCCCAUUGAAUCUUCUCUUCUGGCCAGCUGCCUGACAUUCGACACCCGUGGCAGCUGUAACGACACAGCAACUUUUUUGCCCCACAUUGACCAUCCUGCCCCUAAGCUUCUGAAACUGUUUACAUCUGUUGGGACACAACUGUGCCACGAGGCUUCUUUUUGUGUUUUAAAAGUGCUACUAAUAAAAAAAAAAAAAAAUGGUGCAAGCA